GACAAGGCGUUAAGUACCUGGAGAAGACAUCCGCACUGAGGACGGAGCCUACGAUGUUGCCCAAGUGCGGUACAUUGUUGACGUAGGGCAAGGCACUGGUGACCAGGAUAUUGCGCUGGCCCUUCUUGGGCAAAAUCGGGGAAUCCGAAGCCAUGAUGGGAUGGAGGCGGCUGGUGGGGUUUGAUUAUCAGUGGAUGGAGGGGUAGAAAAGUUGCAGCUUUUUCGCGGGUGCGGAUGAUUCAUCGCUUCGGCCGGCGCUUCUCCGCAUUUUUCAUCUUCCCUUCCUUCUUUCUCCCUUCUUGCCUUCUUUCUUCUUCCCUCAUCCCUACCUUCCAACCCAACCACUCAUCUCAGCUCCAUUUGACUACAGACGGGAAUUGCGUUGUCUGUCCGGCUCGUCUACCCCGUCGGGAACUAUACCAUCCUGCUACCAUCGCCCCGACCAUGGAGAGCAACUUACUCGAAAGUCUCCUGGACUUGGAGGAGGAAUUUUACCAGGAAGGCUAUGACCUGGGCGCUGCAGAUGGUGCACAAGCCGGCUACACUGAAGGCAGUGUCUUUGCUGUCGAGAAAGGAUUCGAGAAGUUCGUUGAAAUGGGGCGACUAUACGGCAAAGCCCUGGUUUGGGCUCAACGACUUGCAGAUACGCAACCGGCCGAUAAGUCGGACCCGGGCGAUCAGGGCCAAGGGUCUUCUCCAAAUUCUAGUCUGGCAAGUGUGGCGCAGGCCGACGCUGCCUCCUUGCACCCCUCUAUUUGCAAGGAGAUGUCGAGCGUCUCGUCUAGUUCUCGGUUGGCAAAGAACCUUGAUACCCUGCUAGAGUUGGUAGAUCCCGCAUCCUUAGCGAUGGCAAAUACGGAAGAGGCGGUCAAUGAUGUAGACGAGCGUAUGAAGGGCGCUGCCAUCAAGGCCAAGCUGAUCCAGCGUGCCUUGGGAGAGCGGGAGGAUACCUCGGACAUCCAUCCCGAUGCCAAAGACACCCCCACCUCUGGCGACGGAACAGGCAGCAUCGAAGACAUUAGUUCCUUGAACAUCCGCCACUGAGGGGUAUCCUUCCCUGACCGCAGGGACUUACCGAAGGACGCCAUUCUGCUUUUGCCUGCAAUAUCCCCGACUCGAAGGUUCUCCCGCUCGCCGCCCCAGAUGCUGCUCCGUCCCCAGGAUGUGAUGGCUGGGAAACGCCAUAUCUCUCCAGAUGAUGAGGGGAGAGGUGUGGCUACUUCCUGGGUGACCAGCAAGUACAGCGAUCGUUCCGCGAACUUGCCAUUACCCCAGACCAACGGAGAAUCCGGAACCGAG